AUGUUAUUUCUCUUCAAAUAUUCUGCGGUUCUGCGGAUCAUCAAGGCGCGUGAGCACUGUCACAGAUUGAAGAGAGAGAAGAAGAAGACAUUUAAAAAUAAUACAGAUAACACUGCUUGUGAGAGAUUGAAAAAGAAGACAAAGCUGACAGAGAAGAAGGGAAUUGAGGCCUUGUUCAGGUCUCAAAUGUACUUCAUGAUUCAGAACAUUGAGAAGAUAGUUCUGCUCUCUGAGCAUGUCAAUCUGCUUAUCACUGAGGUGGAACCUGAGGCAGCAGACCAGGAAAUGCAGGAUUUUGAGAUACAGAUUGACCUGGCUGAAGAAGAGCAGUGA